CAAAGUCCGAUCUCACCAUACUCAGUUGCGUAUCUUCGCGGAUAAACGAUUUGGCUCCUUUGGUGGUUUACCUCAGGACAUAUUGGUCCCUCCAAAAUGCGCGAAACAAUACGCGACAAGGUAGAGGAAGUGCGGAAAUCUUCUAGUUCCUCAAGAAAAGCGAAGGUACACGACCAGCAAGUGAUUGCCAUGUUGUAUUGCAUCGUUCUUUUGGCCAUUGGACUCUCGGUUACAUUGUACUGUACAGGAUGCCCGGUUGCUGAACUGGAGUUUUCAUUCAUAGUAAGUUCUUCACACAAUACGGUUUGCACUGAUUUUUCCAAACAGUUUGUUUAG